UUUCCCAGGUUCUUCUUCUUGUUCAUGCAUCGGCAAGAACAGAGCAUUCCAACACUCAGAUGGCUCGUGUUUGUGUAGGACUGGCUUCAUCUUCUAUAACGAGCUGGAUUUGAAGAGCUCGACUUCUGACAGUGAAUUGGACUGUCAGCCUGAGGUGAACAGGCGGUGCACCACAGGACAGGUGCGCCUGGCUGCAUCCAGAGAAUGUGUGUCUCCAUCUGUCCACUCCUGUAAUAUCACCUGCGGACCACAUGGAGGAACUCUGGAUGUGGAGAUGGGCAUCUGUGAGUGUGAGCGUUACGUGUCUGCUGAGGAGCUCUGUAACACCUCCUGCCUCCCCAGACUGCCUCAGCUCUCCGCCCAGCUCUUCCCCGAUGGACACCUGCAGCUCAGCCUCACACAAACAGACAGGAAGCUCUGGGCCAAGACUAUAAUGGAUGUCAUAGGGCCAGAUAUCCAUAUAAACAGCAUUGGGAAGAUCCAUUUGGCCCAGUUUGAUUCUGAGGGCAUUUUUGGUUGGAUUCCCACAAACAUAGAGAUGAUAAAUCACUUCAUAUCAGAGCUUCCAGACAGGAGCUUCAGGAUGAAGCGGAACUCAGACUCUGGUGCGGUUGACCUACCGAGGAUCCCGAAUCCAAUCGUUUGUCUCUCCUCCAAUGAUAUGAUCGUUUUCCGUCUCACCAUCAACCACGAUGACCGCCGCCUCAGCCACUUCCCAGUGUAUCAGAAAGACCACCUGUUUAACAGCAACCCCAGCUGGGACUUUGGUGCCUUCAGACGUCUGCAGAUGCUCAUUAAACACACAAACGUCAACUCCACAAGGUUUGCUCACGUGUUCUCAGAAACGGGGAAGUUUGUGUUUGUGGACAACGCCGUCCCACAGUGGAGUCUGGUUGUUGUGGUCAGUGAGGAGGGAACAGAGUGUGACCAACGGGCUGCCGCAGUCCAGCCUAUGACCUCAGCGCAGCUGGUCAGGCACGGGAUUGUCAAGCAGCACCGCCUGAACCUGCUGCCUGACUGGGGAGUGAUUGUAGUGACGCUGAGUCUGCUGAUGGUUCUCGUUGUGGUUCUGACCACGACUGUGCUUAUUCUGCGGCCCGGCAAAGCCAAGCUCGUCUCCCAGUGGAGGACACAGCCGAGGUGGCGCAGCCUCGGGGAGCCGUUCUGUCCAAUGGAGUGUUCGUUCAAUGAUGACAGCAAUGUUGCCCUGGGCCAAGGGGGCCUCCUCAGCAGCAGGGGGGUCAGAGAAGGAGCAGAGGCCGAGGAGCCAGCUGCUACAAAGGGAGGAGGUAUGUCAAGGCGCUGUGAUUUAGAAGACUUCAAUGUGAAGACUUUAUAUGACAAACUGGAGGAUCAGAACCUUCACUUGGCCUCACAACUGGCUCGACACCGUAAAGACACACAGGAGUUCUACACAAACAUGUGCCAACAGACUGAAGCAAUCAAGAACAUCUUUGAGAACAUGGACACCAAAAAACUGAGUCUUCUCAAAGAGCUGUUUGCCUGUAACGCUGUGAGGGACAAUGCAUCAAACUGUGGAGAGGGAGAACAAAACACUCAAGUGGCGCCGGUAGCGUUACUGGCAGCUGUUCUCAGGUCAGUGGAAGCGCUCUUAUUCAGGCUCAGAAGAGAAAGUUGGCAGAAACAGGAUCUGGCCACUCUCCCGACAGACGCCAGUGAAUACGAGCACCAACCUGGUGACACCAACAUGUGUUAUACACAGUUGUCAUCAGUGAAUAUGACCAAAACGGGAGCUCCUCUUCAUGAUGUAGUGCACCACCGAAGCACAGCUCCUUGUCUAAGUGACCACGAUCUGUCCAAGCUGGUCGGCAUUUCUCCUCUAUUUAAAACGCUACAGGAAAUUCAUCAAUCUCUGCAGAACAUGACAACCACUGAGCCUCCUCAGCACAUCCAAAGUGAUAUUUUUAUCCAGCAGAACCAAAUCAUGCAACUUAUCCCGACUGUGUUGGAAAACCUUUCACCGCAGCACUCUACCAUCUUCCUAUUUGGUUGCCAAGUGGUGCAGUUGCUUGAUGACUGCCGCAUAUUUCCUCCUGUGCUUCUACUGCUGGCCAAGUCAAUCCCUGUUUUCUCAAAUGAAAAUCUGCUGGCACAUUGCUCAAGGGACUUUUAUUUUGAUGCAACCAAUCAAAUCCUUUAUCUGUCAGAGGCCAAGCUUCAGCAUGUGGGACAGUUCAUCGCUACUAUUCUGCAAGCUAUGGCAUAUAUCGCCUCAGGAUCCAAACCUCAGAGAUUUAUGGAAGCUCUCCAUCAGGCCAUUUCAGCUGUUUGCUUUCAGCUGUUCAACUUUUCUUUCAAAUGGAAUGAAGCAAAGACAUCUGAUGCUUCAGAGGUGCAGCACGGCACAUUAGCUGAAGACUUUCUCAACGUUUGCAUUCCCACUGAAGCCCAUUUCACAGAGCAUCUACUCGCCAGGAGGCUCCAGAAAUACAAAUAUUUCAAGUUAGAGCAGCUCAUCUCAAACCGCAUGCAGACUUCAGUGAAGGAAUCGGAAAUAGGUCUCCCACCAAAAGGCACUCCAAUCCAGGUGUCCUGCAUCGAGGAGGAAAUAGACCGUCUGAAUGAAUCCUUCCUGGAGCUAAGUGUCCAGCUGCACCACAGAGCUCUAACGUGGCAAAAAGAGAGAAAGAGCAGCGGUGGCACAGAGCAGGACACACCCACAGUUGUUCAGAGUCUGAGUCGUAAUGGAACCAUGCUGCUGGAGCUGAAGAGAUGUUAUGUAUCACAGCGCCUUGAUGAGCUCCAGACCACAUUAGGACACAUCAGAGCAUGCCAGCGGCAUGACAGCGGCUCCAAACCCAGGACACGAGGAGAGACCCAAACAGACAGCAGUAACGCUCAGCACACAUAGAGCGAGCGUCGGU